CACGCGCAGUCCGCAUUGCCCUGGGGCCCCGCCGCAGCUCCUGGGGGCCCCGGCCGGCGCAGCGCGGGGCGGGAGUGGCGGCAGGAGGCGGAGCUGCUGCUGCUGCUGCUGCUGCGGGCGGGCGGGCGGGAGCGAGCGAGCGAGCGCUCACAGAGCUGGCGCCUCUGCCGCGGGAACUAGCGGAGCGCCGCUUUCCCGGCGGUCUAAAACACAGUCUCCAGAGUCUUCCAAAGAAGAGAACAAAAAGAAACCAGUUUUGGGAAAGCUUGGAAAUUUGUUUAGUACAGGAAGGAGAAAAAAUGCCAAAAAUUCACUAGAACUCUCUACAAGUCCAAAUAUUAAAAGUGGGAAAUCAGGUUCACCUUAUAAGGAUACAGCUUCACUCAAAUCAAUAGAUAGUGAAGACCUAAAGAGAGAAGAAUAUACAAUUCCCCAAGUGCAGAAGGCAGGAAGUUGGAAUGCUCUUGCAGAGACACAAGAAUAUUGUGAGAAAAUAACACCUUUGAGUCACAAUAUUAUUACAGCAUGGAGCAGCAAGGAAGGGUUUUCUGAUAUUGAGUGGUCACCUGAUUGGAGCAGUAGCACUGGAACAAUAAAAAACACAUUCUCUGAAAGUGACCUUACAGUGGAGACAUUGGAACUAAAAGAGGAGCCUGUUGUAGACAUUAUUAACUCCACAACACCGGAUUUCAUCAGAAGUUUGAAUAAUUUAUCUAGUGAAGACUUAGAAAAUAACAUAUUAAAUAAUAAACAACUAGUGAAUGUGCAAGGGUCUGCACAACCUGAGUAUACAGCGUCAAAGGAAUUGCCACACAGUUUGAAAUCCAAAUCAGCUGAGCACAUACAUCCUGCUAGAGUUCUAACAUUAGAUAUCUAUCUUAGUAAAACAGAAGAAACACCUUUUAAUGAAUCUGUGACUUUUCUAUCAGGACAAGUUUGGGGUGACACAGACACAAUGGAUAAAAAAUCUAUUACUAGGAGAUCUGGAAAGAGGAGGAAAUCUCAGUCAUCUAGUGAGACCCUAAAUGGAGAGAGAAAUCAGACUGAGAAUACUGGAAAAGAAGAUUCUGCUUUUGGUGAUGUUCCUUCUGAUGUGGUUUCAGAAAAGAUAACCAACUCAGAAAGAAAAAUUAAAUCUCCUCAACAGACUCCUAAACGGAACUCUUCUACCUUGAGUAACCAGGACUUAAAAGUCGGAUCUAACCACAAGGGGCUGCCUAAAACUGAAUCUGAGAAAAGCAAACAGCAACUCCCAACUUCAUCCCCUUUCAGGAGAAGAUCACUUAAAAAGAAUCAGUCUGAUGCAGUCCCGAUUUCUCCCACCGGUUUGAAGAGUCUGGUAAAAGAUUCUUUACCAAAAAAGCAGUUUAUACAGCCUAUGGCAGCAACAGAAGGUAACCCAACAACAAGAAGUACUUCUGUGGAAAAGGGAGCAGUAUCUGCACCUUCUAGUGACAGCAAAGCAGAGACCUCCAAAGUUUCCUCUCCCAAUGACACAGAGAACACCACUUCUUUACUUUCUGAAAGUAAAACUGAAUCCAAGACAGCAAAACGUGUAAAUAGCUCUGAUGGAAGAGCUCUCUUGCUUACUGAAGGGAUUCAGAAUGGAGAACUAGGCAAAUCCACCGAAAAACAAGCAAGUUCCGAUUUAAACAGCACAAAGCUGAGAAAUUUAUAUUUGGAUGUUUCCAGAUCUACAGUUACAACAAAAAUUAGCCUUCCUGCCAAACCCAAGAAUGUAGAACUGAAUUUUAAAGCUCCGAAAAGUCUUGAAGACCUAGAAAAUGAGCAUGAUUCUCUUGAAAAGCCAGUUAAUAAAAUUAACAGCAGCAUUGCCAACAAAAUUUCCUUGUUUGAAAAUAAACGUGCUAAUCAGCACCAGCAACCCUCUGAUGUCCCUGCUUUAAAAAAUAACACUGUAUCAAAUACAUUUGUUGGUAGAGCAAAGCUGAAAUUUGGAAAACAACUCCAGGAAUAUGAACAAACUGAUAAAAUAAUUAAUAAGCAAAACAAUCACCAGAAGUUACCUGAAAAUGUGCCAUGGGUGAAAGAAGGCUCAGCAGAAAUCAAGACCAAACCUGAAGAAGGCUCUCAAGUAGGAACGUCAGUUAAUGAGGAGGUUGAAAAGGCAGCAGAACUGAAGAAAGGAAAAGUUGCAGGAUCGCUGUUUAACCAAACAAGCAAAGCAAAUGCUAAUGCUUGCUCUUUAAGACAAGCUGAAGUAGAAGCUAACACUGUUAAUAAAGACAGUUUGUUACCUAUAACAUCUUUACAAAAUGCCAACAAAAAUGAAAUCUUAAAAGAUAAUGCUAAUAGAGCAAUUAAUGCAAGCUCAAAAUUCCAUCACAGUGAGAAAAAAUUACUGUUAUCAAACAGAGAGAUUUCAUCUCCUUGUAAAGAUGAUAAAUGUCCCCUAAAAUCUGAUAUAGUUUCCAAAGAAUCAGAAUUAGAGGAGAAUGUCCUUUUUCAGAUACAAAAUGAAGGCAAAAAGACAGGAACAGGAGAGCCAAUCUCUACAAACAAGCAGUGUAACAAAGGCAAUUUAAAAAACAUACAGACAUUAGAGCAAAAUAUUAUCAAUAUACAGCAAAGCCCAAGUAACACUGGUAAUAUUUCUCCUGGUAAAGAUGAGAGUAUUUCUGAUUCCCCUUCUGACAUGAGAGAGUUUACAGAAACUAUCAAAAAUCUAGACAGCUCAGUUUGCAUACCCCAGAAGAAGAAAAGGCCAAAGCUUCCAAAUUUCCCUGCUCCCCAUUUUGCAAUGCCUCCAAUUCAUGAAGACAACUUAGAGAAAGUAUUUGAUCCCAGUGUAUUUACAUUGGGUUUGGGAAUAAAGAGAGGAAAAACACAAGAUUUAGCACCAGCCCUACAACUUAAAAUGCAGAACAGGGAUAGUACAGAUGGUGAAAUUAAGAGGUCCCGUCUGGAAAAAAGCGCUGUCUUCUCAAGCUUGCUGUCAUCUACAGCUAAAGGAAAGGUGUUUACUCCCUCUGUAACCUCAGUAAAUACUAUUACAACAACUUUCUCAACUGACUCCUUGGGGAUGCCUGCUUUACAACUUGAUGCAGUCAGACCAUUUGACAUGCCUCAAAACUCUGAGUCUCUUUCAGGUUUAAAAGUUCCAAAUUGCAUGGAAAAAUAUUUGCAAACAGAUGAUGCAAAAGAAGAACUAAAUUCACAAAUGCCAAACUAUGGAAUCACUGGCAAAAAUUUCUCAAGCUGGUUAAAGUCUAGCUCAUGUGAACCAAAUGUCCCUUCUGGCUUUCUAGACGGAGAGGCAUUUUCAGGAAAUAGCCAAAAUAAAAUCAAUCCCAGACCUGGCAAGAUGGUGAUAUAUAGUGAAUCAAACUCUCACAAGAAUGGUAUAGAAGUUUUUAAUGAUGUUUUGGAUUGCAGCUCUUGGGUGCUGUCAUCAGUAAUUUUAGUUAAAGUCAUCCGAGGAUGCUGGAUUCUAUAUGAGAAACCAAAUUUUGAAGGACCCUCUAUUCCUCUGGAGGAAGGAGAACUGGAACUCGAUAAUAUUUGGGGUGAAAAUACUUCUGAAGAAAAAGAUGAAUAUAACUCUAAGUCUGCAGUGAUUGGUUCAAUUAAACAUGUAGUAAAGGAUUACAGGGUUUGCCAAAUCGACCUGUUUACAGGACCAGAAGGGCUGGGAACUGUAACUUCAUUUUUUGAUGACACUGAGGAAACUGGUAUAUUUGGCACAACACAGAAGACUUGUUCUAUAAAAGUACAUUGGGGCAUGUGGCUAAUUUUUGAAGAACCUGGUUUCCAGGGAAUCCCUUUAAUGUUGGAGCCUGGUGAAUAUCCUAACUUAGCAUUUUGGGAGAAGAAGGAAGCAUACAUUAGGUCCUUGAGACCCUUGAAAAUGGGUGGCCGCAAAGUUGAAUCCAUUGCAGAGCCAAAGGUAAUCAUUUACGAAAAGCCUUUCUUUGAAGGGAAACACAUGAAAGUGGAAUCAGAAAUACUCACUCUUAUUGAGGAAGAAAAGCAAAAAGAAGAAUCUGGAGAAAAUAAGACACUGCCACUUACAUCAGUGGGGUCCAUAAAAGUGUUGGAAGGAAUUUGGGUUGCUUACGAGAAACCAGGAUUUGCAGGUCAUCAGUAUUUGCUGGAAGAAGGCGCGUAUCAGGAAUGGAAAGAUUGGGGUGGUUACAGUGAAGAGCUUCAGUCGCUGAGACCUAUUCUAGGUGAUUUCACAAACCCCCACAUGAUAAUGUACAGUGAAAAAGACUUUGGGACUAAAGGUUCCAAUAUUAAUGUAUUGGGAAUUAUUUCCAAUUUGAGAGACACUGGAUAUGGAUUGAGGACACAAUCCAUGCAUGUUUUAAGUGGAGUGUGGGUAGUCUAUGAGAAGCCUGACUUUACAGGAGAGCAGUACAUCCUUGAUAAAGGACUGUAUCCCAGCAUUGAGGCCUGGGGAGGCAAGAAUAGUAAGAUCUCUUCAGUUCAGCCCAUAGUUGCGGAUACCAUCAAUAGCCAAAUGGUGAAAUUCAAGGUCCAGCUAUUUUCAGAGCCAGAAUUCAAAGGUAACAGCCAAAUAUUUGAGAAAAAUACCAAUUAUAUUGACGAUACAUUUGCUACAAAAUCUUCAAAAGUUUUGGGCGGCAGUUGGAUUGCAUAUGAUAAAGAAGAUUUCUCUGGUAAUCAGUAUGUGUUAGAAGAAGGAACCUAUUCUAAUCUGACUGCAAUGGGAUGUCCACCCCAAACAAGACUUAAAUCUCUACAUGUUAUAAACAUUGAGCUUUCUGAGCCAAGCAUAGCCCUCUUUGAAAAGGAAGGUUUCAAGGGGAAGAAAAUGGAGUUUACUACAGAAGUCUUAAAUCUCCAGUUCCUAGGAUACAAUCCUCGAAUAGCUUCUGUCCAAGUUUUUGGUGGCAUGUGGAUAAUCUAUGAAUACAGUAAUUAUAGAGGGCGUCAGAUGUUGUUGUCACCAAGUGAAAUCCCAGACUGGCGUAAAUUAAGUGGCUAUCAUCAGAUAGGUUCUCUACGACCUUUAUUACAGAAACGUGUAUACUUCAGACUUCGAAACAAGGAAACUGGAAAGUUCAUGUCAGCUGAUGGAAAUGUGGAUGAUUUGAGUCUUCUCAGAAUACAGGUUACAGAAGAUAGUAGAUCAGAUGACCAGAUCUGGGUUUAUCAAGAUGGAUUCAUCAAAUGCAGGAUGGCUGAGGAUUGCUGCUUGACAAUUGUAGGAAACCUUAUAACUCCUGGCUCUAAACUAGGCCUAUCACUCGAGGAGAAUGAAGAUAAGCAAUAUUGGUGUGUUAAUCCUGAUGGCAGGAUCCAUAGCAAAAUGAAGCCAACAUUAGUUUUAGAUAUCAAAGGGGGCACACAGUAUGAUCAAAAUCAUGUUGUUGUUAAUGCGGUCAAUGAACAGAAGCCAACCCAGUGUUGGGAAGCAUUAGUUCUGUAAAUCCAGACAGUUC